GGAAUUUGAGAGGAGGGAUGUGUCCGUGUGGCUGAGGGGGAGAGGCGGGAUGAGAGGCGGGAUGGACGAGUAUACGUGGAUAAUGAGGCGGAGAGAGAAAGGAUAGAUUUCAUGUGCUGCUGCAGCUGCGUGGGAGAGACAAAGAGUCCAGAGGCUGACAGGCCGAAUCUCUGCACAUCUGUGUAUAAUCUUUCCCUUCGAACAUCGGCUGUUUUUUUCAGAACGUAAUCCUUAAUGGCUAAACUUUCGGAGGAGCUGUUGAAAACGUUAAUGGACUUAACAGAAGAGGAGUUUAAGAAAUUCAAGUGGUUCUUGAAACAGGAUGACAUCCCAGUGGCUCGGCUGGAGAGGGCAGACAGGCUGGACACAGUGGAUCUGACGGUACAGAAAUAUCAGGGUCCCGGCGCUCUGACGGUAUUUUUAAAGGUUUUAGAAAAAAUCAGCAGGAAUGAUCUGGUGCAGAGUUUGAGAAAAACACAAAUAGACACCAACAACCAUCACACAGUUCCUCUCACAAGAGAUCGUGAAAGAAAGAAGGCCGAGUUGGGGGCUAAAAUGAAGCUGAUGAUCCAAGAGAGACAGCUGAAGAUUGAAGAAAUCAGACGCUCAGCAGAGCUCAGCAGCAAAUCUGCAGACAGACACAUUGCAGACAGCGAGCGGGUCUUGAAAGUAUUGCUGCAGUCUGUCAUGAGAAGUCAAGCUAAUCUCAUUGACGCCAUUAAUGAAAAACGGAACACGACUCAUAAACAGGCUGACAAAUUCAUCCAAGAGCUGGAGCGGGAAAUCUCUGAGCUGACAAAGAGGAGCAAUAACAUCGAUCAGCUCUCACAAACUGACAACAAUUUUGACUUUUCGAAUAAUUAUAUUCCAACCACCAAGAAUUGGACAGAAGUGACUAUUCACCCACCAUCUUAUGAGGCAAGUGUGGGGGUCGCUCUGAAUCGGCUGGAGGAAGAAUUCAGCACAGAGAAAAAGAAGCUGAUUGCAAAGGCCAAGCUGCACAGGCUCCAGGAGUUUGCAAAGGAUGUGACUUUAGAUCCUGAUACAGCAAAUCCUUUCCUUAUUUUGUCUGACAACAAGAAACAGGUUUACUGUGGUGACAUAAAACAAACUCUCCCAGAAAACCCUAAAAGAUUUAAUACCGCUACCAAUGUCUUGGGAGAGCAAAGUUUUUCUUCAGGAAGAUUUUACUUCGAGGUUCAAGUUACAGGGAAGACUUCCUGGGAUGUAGGUGUUGUCAAAGAGUCGAUCAGAAGAAGUGGAUCGAUCAGUGCAAGCCCAGAGUCUGGCUACUGGACUAUAUGUUUAAGGAACGGAGAUAAGUACAAAGCUUUUUCUGCUGAUCUCAGUGUAAAAUAUCAGCCGAAGAAGGUAGGAGUGUUUGUGGAUUAUGAGAAUGGUUCAAUUUCUUUCCAUGAUGUAGACUCUGCAGACAUUAUCCACUCGUUUAGUAACUGCUCCUUCACUGGGAGACUUUACCCAUUCUUCAGUCCCGGUUCUCGUCAUGGUGGUAAAAACUCCGCCCCUCUGAUCAUCUCGCCCGUCAAUUAUGCUGAUCAGAUUUGAUAAAUCAUCCCUUGGAAAAACUGAUUCCUCAAUUAAAUAAUAGUUUGAAAAACCAUCAUGUAUCGGUGUUUGGUUGGUGUACCAGAUUGUGCCACUAGGUGGUGCCACUUUCUUUUAACGUACUGGAGACAGACGUGAGCUGUCCUGCUUGGCUCCAGAGUUCAUUCUCUUGAUGAAGAAAUUGUUCUGUGCAUAUCCGUGUUCGAAAAGUCCUGUAUGAAAAGUCAAUGUAUUGCCCAGGAUGGUGGAGGAACACACAAUAAAGUAAUAUCCCCAA